CUCAUGAACAUUCGCAGACGGGCCGCAGCACUAUACGAAAACAGCUUGAACGAAGAAAUUCCUUUUCGGAUAUUCAACAAACUCGACCAAGCUCUGUUUGCUGGAUACUUGAAUAAUGCCGUCUUUCUCGAUACCAGCAGGUUAGAUUCUGAUUUUUCUGGUAUUACCUACACUCACGGAUGGGGACCCAAUGCGGAAGUCAAGCGCAUCUCCAUUAUCCUCAAUCAAGAUGUAAUCCGACAUGGCCAGGCAUGGGACAUUGUUGCUACGCUGAUCCACCAUAUGAUCCACGCAUACUUUCUUGUGGCCUGCGGCGAGCAAAAGGAGCAUGAGAUGGACUAUGGGCGUUUGAACCACGGUUUACAUUUCGGCAAGAUCAUGCUCGCCAUCCGGAGGCUUUCGGCUGCUCACAGCAGAGAGCUUGCAACCUUGGACUAUGGGCAUCGCUUGCCCAGCAGACGUUUUCAUGCCGACGACUACUACCGCCGGUGGAGACGAGAUGAGAUCGAGCACGAAUAUGGGAACGAGUGGUAUUGUAGCCACUGUCACGGUGGCAUGCGCGGACCGUCUGAUUGCGAGGUGGACAAAUGGUAUAAGAAAGUUUGCCAGCCAAUGCUUGACCUACCACCAAGUAUUCGCGGUCUCGAGGUAGAGGUAUACAAUGUCCAACGACACGAGUUGGUGAAGAGACGUCGGACGCACCUCGGUCCUUCUUCAAAGUCUGUAGAGUUUAUUUUCAAAGAUCGACCGGUCCUUGUUGGCAGGGAUAAGAUUGACCAGUUUCCGAGUGUCAUGAAAGCGUCUGAUAAGGGUGGCAGUCGCUUUCUCAUAGUACCCAAGGAAGUCUCAGAAGACACGUUUAUGCGCCUCCUUGAAUUCCUCCAUACUGGCUCUUAUCCUCCUGAUCCGCACGUCUUUGCUGGCGCUGCAGUUAGUCGAGAUGUCCGACGAAAAGCCCCUCCUAUCAUCAAGUCCCAGAACACAUCCGUUGGGGCAGUUGUGGUCUUAGCCGACAUACGAUUUGCCAAGCUUGGCUUAUAUAUGGGCUUCGAAGAUUGCAAGACCUACGCCUUGGACCGCAUGAACACAUACAGGGUCAUGUACGAAGACCCUGUGGCUGUUCUCAAAGAGAUUUACCGAGGCAGCGAACUAGACCCUGAUCUCAAAGUCUGGGCACGCAUGUUCCUCACACGUUGCCCUGAUACAUCGAGUCCUGGUCGUUACCACGGCGAUUUGCGAGACCACAGCACCGUAGAGCCACCCAACCUGCUGAAACUUGAAAGUCGGCAAGGUCCUUAUCGGUCACGCUUUUUCACUGCCAUUGGAGUUAGUGGAGCACUAGAGGACGAUAUUAAUAAAGCCCGUGCCGAGCUCAAAACUGCAGGUUGGUAU